AUGUUCUUCAAGCCUUUGGAUUUGACGACAGCCCUUCGUCCGUCUUUGCUUUCAGAUGAGACGUUACUUUUUGUUCAAGACGCAGUGGGCUUGUAUGAGGGAAAAUAUAAGAUUCCAAACUACCAAAAUGGACAUGCGUACCUGACCUCUCAUCGUAUUUGUUACGUCGCGACCGAGGAACCCCGACAACACUCCGUUGCUAUCGAUUUGAAGGAUGUCGACCGUGCAGAAUACCAGGCUGGCUUUCUCAAGUCCUCUGCUAAAAUUACUGUUUAUCCCAAACCACAAAAACGAAUAAUUGGUCAAGAUGGCAUCUCUUCGUCCGCCAUACAGGGUACCUCAACGAGUGCGGCGUCGCACCAGAACGUGAAUGCGACAUGGGUUUGUCCCAUCUGUUCAUUUUCAAAUCCUGUUCCGUCCAAUUUUGAUCCGGCGACGGCCACUGCUUCCACACCACUCCCUCCUUGUCUCGCAUGUGGCAUCAAACCACCGCUUACGAUUGUAUUGAAGGCCACAAUUGCAGCUGCUACAAAUAGAGGCUCUACUAGUGUUGCGGACUCAGUCUCAACGAAUAGUUUGCCUCAACAAGAGCAUAUUAGCGCUCCAACGUCAGACUUGCAAUUAGACACUAAUGGCAGCACAUUAUCCUGUCCGAGAUGUACGUUUAUCAAUCAUCCAUCCUUGCUAGAGUGUGAGAUUUGUGGGGCUUCGCUCGUUUCUUUGAGCUCCAAAGACAAGCUUGCUGCAGGGCCACGACGUGAAGAGUCUCCAGCACCCAUUUUCAAUCAGUCAAGCAUUACGAACACUGAGAUCAGCGACUAUAUCAAACUCUCUUUCCGGAAUGGUGGGGAGAAGAUAUUCUAUGAGAGGUUAAAGGGUUGCUUAGUGCAGCGGAAAUGGUUGCUUCAGAACGCUCCUCAGAUACCCCAACCAUCCAGCUCUCCAAACCCAGAAAUGAGCUCUUCGCCUACUCCAGGCCGGUCCAAUGAUUUAACGCCGAAACCGUCCGCCGUUGGUAUUGCAGGCUUAGAAAUGCGCGGCUUCGAAGCUCGCAAAAAUACUGAGCUGGUUAUUGGCAAUGCGUUUGAAGAUUUGGAAGCAUUGAUGGCUUCCGCAAAACAGAUUGUCUCGUUGGCAGAGACUUUGGCGUCAGCGUCCGGAGUAGCCGCUAAUGGAGGAUCGUCUGAAGCAAGCGCUGUCCUUUCUCAAUCAGCAGCGGCUCUAGGGAUGGUGACAACAAAGGACAUGCUCGGUUCUGGUGCGGAAAAUCUGUAUUUAUCCGAGUUAGCUCGAAAUCUAGCAGAGUACUUGACCGACGAUCAGAAGGGAGUUUUGCGCAAGGAAGGUGGAAUUGUCAGUCUCGUUGACCUUUGGGCUUUGUUUAACCGGACUCGAAAUGGUGUCGAACUUGUUAGUCCAUCUGAUUUUGAGCAAGCAGCGCGUUUGUGGGAGAAGCUCAAGCUUCCUGUUCGGCUGCGCCGCUUCAAGAGCGGGCUCCUUGUCGUUCAAUCGAACGAGUGGAGUGACGAGAAAGUCAUCCAACAGCUUGAUAGAUGGCUUCGAGAGCUUCGAGUUCAAGUUCCUACUGAAGGCUUAUCGUGGAAUUGGGAGAGAUAUGGUCGUGGUGUCACAGCUCAGGAAACUGCACAACACUUUGGUUGGAGUGUGGGUGUAGCUGUAGAAGAACUUGAGAUGGCUGAGGAUAAGGGAGCUUUGUGCCGGGAGGAAGGGAUCGAGGGGGUCCGGUUUUGGAGGAAUUUAUUCCUCGCUGAGGAAAGUAGUGAUACCGGACUUGAGCAGAGAAUAUCCUCUUUAGCAUUCUGA